UAAGCCCAAUGCACUCUUUCUAUCUGUUCUGAUGAAAUUUGAGUCAAUGUCUGUAACCAAAUAACAAUAUCCUCUUUCAAACUCUCUUUGAUUUGGAAAUCUCCUCCUCCUCCUCCUCCUCCUCUCAAACGUAUGUUUGCGUGUCUGGAACGAUCUGCAAGGUCAGCAAUUUUGUCUAGGAGUUGUUGAUUUGCAUAUUUUAAGUUAUUGAUCUCCUCUUUUUGUUUCUUAGACUCCUCUGCUGCCUCCUUGAACAUUCCCUCAUAUUUUUCCACCCUGUCCUCGAUCAGUCCGAGACGGGAAUUAAUUCCUUUAAUUCGCUCCUUUAUUUCAUCAUUCCCUUUUCUUAAGCAAUCAGAACUUAGCUUGAGUUCUUGCAAGUUUUUCAUAAUUCUGUCCAAUUUAUCUCCCCACUCUGCUCUCUCUGCCAUCACGAAAACUUACUUUCACUUCUUCCUCGGCCGGUCUGUUUGGUUAUUUCUGAAAUUUAUAGCUCCAGGCACCUCUUUAGCUUCUCUUUCCGUCCAGAUCCAGGUUGAGGAAAGAUUUAUUGUCUCAUUGGGCUUUUUAAAGCUUUUAUGCUUUUGCCAUCAGGGAGCGAGGUCUGAGUGCAUCUACUCUGGCGGACGCAUCCCACAGCACCCCCGGCUCCUUGUUCCUCAGCUUCUGGGGUCACCCAACUCUCCACCCACCUUCCAGUCGGCAGUGUCCAGUUGCUGUUGCGAUGAAGCAGCUGUGCUCCAGCCCGGCCUCAUGGCAGCCGUUGCCGGAUUUGGGGUGCUCAGGAAGCAGAAUACGGGACCCAUGGUGGGAUGGGAGGCAGCCCAGGCAUGUUGGUGUCCCUCCGCAUUUAGCACAUCCUGGGAAUUCGGGGAAACUCGGGAUCCAGAGCAAAAGACCCUCUUGAAUAGAGGAAAGAACUCCUCCUUUCCGCCUGCUUCCUGCCUCCCGUUCCUUUAGCCACGUUUGUGUCCAACACAAGGAUCUCAAUGUGAGGCUCCAACGUUGGAAUGGUUUCCCUUUCUUCCUGCUUUCAUUCAUUCAUUCUCUUCUUCUUCCCUCCCUCCCUCCCUCCUUUUCUUCUCUCUAAAUUCAUUCCCUUCUUUUUAAAGAAUCUGUGCUUGCCUUGGCUGGUGUCUGUGUAUGCGCUUGAGACCCCGAUCCCUGCAUGCCUUGCUAUUUCCGUUUUCAACGUGACCCUGAAGGGAAAGGGGGAGGCUUUGGGGGCAAAUACGGUCCCUGGCUUCCAUGAUUGAUGUUUUGCUUCUCUCCUGACCAGGGAAAUGAGGAGUCUAUGGAGCCACUUCUUGGGUGCAGUAAGGACGCCAAUGAUAGAGGAAGAAGGAAUCUUCUCAAGGAGAUGAUCUUGUUGAAUUCUUGACCCCAUUUCCAGACAAGAAAUUAGAAAAGGAAGAGUCAAGUGUCUGUAUUGCAAUUAAACACCCAUGCCACUGUUGACAGGAAGGAGAAAGCAUCGAGGUGUCGUCUGCAGCAGCACAAAAUGAAUCGUUCUGGGAAGAAACGCUGUACAUGCCAGGAGUGCGGAAAGAGCUUCACUUGUAGUUCAGCUCUACGGACACAUCAAAGGACUCACACUGGGGAGAAACCCUUUACAUGCCCAGAGUGUGGACAGAGCUUCGCUCAGAGUUCAUCUCUACGUUCACAUCAAAGGACUCACUCUGGGGAGAAAGCCUAUAAAUGCCUCGAGUGUGGACAGAGAUUCACUCAUAGUUCAGGUUUACGUUCUCAUCAAAGGACUCACACUGGGGAGAAACCCUUUACAUGCCCGGAGUGUGGACAGAGCUUCACUCAGAGUUCAAAUCUACGUUCACAUCAAAAGACUCACACUGGGGAGAAAACCUUUACAUGCCCGGAGUGUGGACAGAGCUUCACUCAGAGCUCAUCUCUACGUAAACAUCAAAGGAUUCACUCUGGGGAGAAAGCCUAUAAAUGCCUCGAGUGUGGAAGGAGCUUUACUCAUAGUGGAAAUCUACGUUCACAUCAAAGGACUCACACUGGGGAGAAACCCUUUACAUGCCCAGAGUGUGGACAGAGCUUCACUCAGAGUUCAUCUCUACGUUCUCAUCAAAAGACUCACACUGGGGAGAAACACUUUACAUGCCCGGAGUGUGGACAGAACUUCACUCAGAGUUCAAGUCUACGUUCCCAUCAAAGGACUCACACUGGGGAGAAAGCCUUUACAUGUCCGGAGUGUGGACAGAGCUUCACUCAGAGUUCAAAUCUACGUUCACAUCAAAGGAUUCACUCUGGGGAGAAAGCCUAUAAAUGCCUCGAGUGUGGACAGAGCUUCACUCAUAGUUCAGAUUUACGUUCCCAUCAAAAGACUCACACUGGCAAGACACCCUAUACGUGCCAAGAAUGUGGAAAGAGUUUCACUCAGAGUUCAAAUCUACAUGUUCAUCAAAGGACUCACACUGGGGAGAAACCGUAUACGUGUCUGGAGUGUGGACAGAGCUUCACUCAGAGUUCAAAUCUACGUUUACAUGAAAGGACUCACUCUGGGGAGAAACCCUAUACAUGCCUGGAGUGUGGACAGAGCUUCACUUCCAGCGGAGGUCUACGCUCACAUCAAAGGACUCACAAAGGAGAGAAACCCCAUAAAUGCCUGGAGUGUGGAAGGAGCUUCACUCAUAGUGGAAAUCUGCGUUCACAUCAAAGGACUCACAAUGGGGAGAAACCCUAUACAUGCCUGGAUUGUGGACAGAGCUUCACUCAGAGUUCAUCUCUACGUUCACAUCAAAGGACUCACACUGGGGAGAAACCCUAUACAUGCCCGGAGUGUGGACAGAGCUUCACUCAGAGUUCAUCUCUACAUUCACAUCAAAGGAUUCACACUGGGAAGAAACCCUAUACAUGCCUGGAGUGUGGAAAGAGCUUCACUCACAAUGGAAAUCUACGUAAACAUCAAAUGAUUCAUGCUGGGGAGAAAGCCUAUAAAUGCCUGGAGUGUGGACAGAGCUUCACUCAUAGUUCUGGUUUACGUUCUCAUCAAAAGACUCACACAGGCGAGAAACCUUAUACAUGCCAAGAAUGUGGAAAGAGUUUCACUCGGAGUGAACAUCUACGUAGACAUCAAAGGACUCACACUGGGGAGAAACCCUAUACGUGUUUGGAGUGUGGACGGAGCUUCACUGAGAAUGGAAGUCUACGUUCACAUCAAAGGACACACACUAGGGAGAAACCCUAUAAAUGCCUGGAGUGUGGGAAGAGCUACACUCAGAGUUCCCAUCUACGUAGACAUCAUAGAAUUCAUACUGGGAAUAAACCCUAUACAUGCCUGGAGUGUGGACAUAGCUUCACUUGCAGUGGAGGUCUACGCUCACAUCAAAGGACUCACACAGGAGAGAAAUCCCAUAAAUGCCUGGAGUGUGGAAAGAGCUACACUAUGAGUUCACACCUACGUAGACAUCAAAGGACUCACACUGGAGAAAACAAUGGUAUUUGACUCCAGACAGAGCUUUGCAAACUUUGCAUGUUGGUGACACACUUAGAUAUGCAUCCUUUUGUGACACAUUAAUCCGGUUUAACUGGCAAACCGGAGGUUAAACCACACACACACAAAUUUACAAUAAAAUAUAUAAUGUAAUAGUAUAUAGAUACUACUUCGCCGGGACCUCCCCGCCACAAUUGAUACAGUGAGAGAACUUGAGACCCCGUGGCCACUGGCUGGGCCCGUCCUUGACCGGUUCAUCCCGCUGGACGCAGGGGCUGUCGAUAGGCUCAUGGCUGCAGCUAGACCGACCACUUGCUCCCUCGAUCCGUGUCCCUCUUGGCUGGUGAAAUCCUGCUUGGAGGGAUUACGCGACCCUCUGUUGAAGAUCAUAAACAGCUCCCUUGAGCAAGGAGUCUUUCCAGAGGGUUUAAAAGAGGCGGUGGUCUCUCUCUCCCCUGCUGAAGAAACCAGACUUCAAUCCCUCGGUUCCCUCCAGUUACCGCCCAGUUUCGAAUCUCUCGUUCCUGGGCAAGGUGAUGGAGAGGGCAGCAGCGGAGCAGUUGCAGCAAUUCCUAGACGACACCGCUGGACGAGAUCCCUUCCAGUCCGGCUUCCGUGUGGGGCACGGGACAGAGACUGUGCUGGUCUUCAUCACAGAUCGCCUUCGAUGCCAGCUUGACCAGAGCGGGUCGGCGCUGCUUGUGUUAUUGGACCUCACAGCAGCAUUGGACACAGUCGACCACAAUCUUUUGACCCACCACCUUGCUGCUUUUGGAGUCAGGGGGAGAGCUUGAAACUGGCUGUCCUCCUUUCUUCACAACCGUGGACAGCGAGUGGAGAGGGGAGGCCUGGUCUCCGAGAGGUCCCCUCUCUCUCUCUUGUGGGGUUCCUCAGGGGGCCAUUCUCUCCCCUCUCUUGUUUAACAUCUAUAUGCGACCACUUGCUCAGCUGGUUCGAGGUUUUGGGCUUGAGUGUUAUCAGUACACCGAUGACACUCAGCUGGUGCUGAAGAUGGAAGGCCGACCGGACUCUGUACCCGAUUAUUUCCAUCAGUGCCUCGAGGCCGUGACUGGAUGGCUGCGUGCCAGCAGGUUGAGGGUGAAUCCAGCAAAGACGGAGAUCCUAUGGCUGGGUCAACCGGGCAGUGGGGACAUCCAGCUGCCUACCCUGGAUGGCGAGGCGCUACGCCCGUCCUCGUUGGUCAAGAGUCUGGGAGUCCUUUUGGACCCUCUGCUGAGGAUGGAGGCCCAGGUCUCCGCCGUGAGCAGAACCGCCUUUUUUCACCUGCGGCAGGCUAGACGGCUGGCCCCCUACCUGUCCAGGGACGACCUAGCUACGGUGAUCCAGGCCACGGUCAUCUCAAGACUGGACUACUGUAACGCCCUCUACAUUGGCCUUCCUCUGUCGGUGAUCGGAAGCUCAAGUUGGUACAAAAUGCAGCUGCUCGGCUUCUUGCGGGAAUUCCGAUGAGAUGCCACAUCACCCCAAUCUUUCUGCAGCUGCAUUGGUUACCCAUUGAGCACCGGAUCACUUUCAAAGGGAUGGGACUCACCUUGAAGGCCUGGCAUGGUCUGGGGCCAAUGUACCUGAGGGACCGCCUCACCCCCUACCAACCCCAGAGAUCCCUCCGUUCUGAGGACCAAGAUCUAUUGGAAAUUCCCAGUGUCAAGACCUUGCGUCUAACAGCAACCAGACGCAGAGCCUUUACAGCAGUGGCACCAUCACUCUGGAAUACUCUGCCACCUGAAGUCCGUGCCUUGCGGGACUUAUCAGCUUUCCGCAGGGCAUGGAAGACAUACCUGUUUCGACAGGCCUUUGAUCUUUGAUAUUGCUGUUUUUAAAUUGUUUUAAAUUGUUUUUAAAUUGUGUUAGAUUUUAGCCAUUCUUGUAAGCCGCUCCGAGCCCCAGGGAAGGGAGUGGCCGCAUAGAAGUUCGAAUCAUAAAUAAAUAAAAAUAUUCAGCCACAAAAUUAAAUUACCUCCCACAUACAUACAUACAUACAAUGACUGUUGUAUAGAUAUUAUAAUAAUAAUAGUAAUAGUAAUAAUAAUUUGUUUUGUACCCUACCACCAUCUCCUUGAAGGGACUCGGGGAGGUUAACCAAGUACUCAAGGUGCCACACAUGAAAUAGAAUCCCUAUCUAGCCCUCUCAUCGGUGUCUUGGCCCAUUCUGUAAUUCUGGCCAUUGGUAGUUCAUCUUUUGCCCAAUGGAAUAGUAUUGGAACUGACUUUCAAUAUGUAGGACUGUUUUAGUAGUAUUGUGUUUAUGUUUUAUAGUGGUUCUGUGUGAUUUUGUGUUGGCAAUCGAAUGUUUUGCCUGUUGGAAACCGCCCUGAGUCCCCUCAGGAAGAUAGAGCGGCAUACAAAUAAAGUUGUUAUUAUAUCAUCAAAACAAUACACAGUUUGACUGAAUACAAACAAUGGACAAUGUCAAUCAAUAAAAUUUAAGAUUUUAAGAAUUCUAAAACACAGUUCUUCCUACCUGUGGGCAAUUGGGCUUCUUCAAACAUGAAUUCAAGUGCCGAAUAACAAUGAUGGAUGUAACCACAUGACCAUAGUACAUUACUCCAGGGCAAAGGCCUGUGGAAUUAUCUAUGCUUUUAGGCUCUAACGGAAGAUUUGGAGAUUUGGGGCUAAUCUAAUUGUCAGGUUUUACAAUGUCUUAUGGUGUAAUAUAGCUGAGUCAUGCACUGCUAAUAGGCUUCUAUUGGAAAUGCUGAGUCAUGCAUUAACUGUAUAUAGAACAUCAUUUGGGGAAUGUGUUCUGGCCUGGUCCAGGUGAUUGUGAAUGAUGCAAUCCUGGGUCUGAGUUAAGUUAAUGAGUUGGGAACCAAUCAGAGAUUGCUAUGUGUAAAGGUACAGAAUUGUAUAUAAGGAAGUCAUGUACAGUGUAUACUCUCUCCUUGUGCUGUGAUGCUGUUUGUCGAAGGCUCUGUGUAAUUGAUUAAAAGAACCUGGACAAGAUAUAA